AAUCAUUCACGAGAACAUUCCAAAACAUUGCUUCUCGUGCCCGUCGCGCUCUUGUAAUCCCUUCCCAGUCUGACACGGUUUGGACGUAUUGAAAACAGAAACAACCAGUCAAUCUACCUAUCGAGAAUGGCUUCUUCGCAAGAAAUACGAGCCUCGAACGCGCUCAUCAACGACGCGACGGCUCCGCGUGUCGCCGUCUUCGUCGGCGGCACGUCGGGCAUCGGCAAGCUCACGAUCCGGGCCCUCGUCGCCACGGGGGCGAGCGUGCGCAUCUACUUGGUCGGGCGCCCGAGCGCCGGCGAGCGCGCGCGCGCGUUCAUCCGGGAGCUGCGCGCGGCGAACCCGCGGGCGGAAGUCGUCUGGACGGAGGCGGAGGUGGCGCUGCUCGGCGAAGUCGGGCGGGUGUGCGAGGCGAUCCGGGCCGCGGAGUCGCGCGUCGACCUGCUGUUCCUCAGCGCGGGCUACGCGCCGCUCGGCGCCGCGCGCGCCGAGACGGCCGAGCGCGUCGAGGUCGCCCAGAGCCUCGAGUACUACUCGCGCGUGCUGUUCGCGCUGCGCCUGCUGCCGCUCCUGCGCGCCGCCGCCGCGCCCCGGGUCGUCAGCGUCCUCGCCGGCGGCCUGGAGCGCCGCGCCGCCGUCGACCUGGACGACUUGGACCUGCGCCGGCCCGGCCGCUUCGGCGGCGUCAGGGCCCAGCCGCAGUACGCCGCCAUGAACACCGUGGCGCUGGACAAGCUCGCCGCCGACAACCCCGGCGUGACCUUCGUCCACUCCUGGCCCGGGUGGGUCGACACGGGGAACGUGAGGAGGGGCUCCGAUCCGAAUUCGCUCUGGGCCUGGUUCGUCUGGCUCGUCCUCGAGCCCCUCAUCCGCCUGUUGGCGAUCAGCGACGACGAGUCCGGACAGAGGCACCUGUUCCAGAGCACGAGCGCUGCUUUCGGCGGCCGCGGCGUACCGUGGAAGGGCAAGCCCGGCAUAAAUUCGCUAGGGCAGCCGGCGGACGGAUUGUUUCUCGCCAAUUACAAGUGCGACUGUACCCCGAAUGUGAAGGUCGUGUCUUGGCUUCGAGAGAAGGCAGCAGGAAAGAUUUGGGACCAUACGCAAGAAGUCCUUCGACCCUAUUUAUAGACUUGGGACUUUCCAUUGUUAUCUUGCCGCGCCCGCCGGCACUGAUCUGUACAUGGAUUUGUCAUACCCAUAUUACUUAACAGGGAACUUGGUUUGAUUUAAGGCGGUCAGAUCGAUUUAUUAGCUGACAAUGUUGGCUAACUAUCUAGGUAACUUAAUGUCUUCUUCGAUGUUACCAUCACGCUAUGAAGGUUACCGAAUUCACAUUUCCCCUACGAUUCGCUCCGAUCGUCUCGUUUAUUGGGGACCAUUAAAAUGUCCUCCUAAAGCGGCCGUGUUAGCGUUAGUUGUCUAGAUGUUAUGGCGCCUUGCUGGCCUUCAGGGGCUAACGUCAUAAAGCUAGCGAGUUUCGAGAGGUUGAAACCUUGAUGCUGGGCAUGGACUCUA